AUGUUCUUGCGAAGCUCUUCGAGAUGGUCGCUUUCUUAUGAAGACAAGUACGGGUUCGAGACUGAUCUGACCUCGUGUUCAGUGUUCAGCGAAUCAUUGGGAGUGAGCUUUUAUCUUGAGCACUUGGUGCUGGAGAUCAAAGAGCAGCGCAAGCAGGAGCCCUUGCAGACGAUCGUCGUCGACGUUGUCUUGGGAUCGAGGACUCUGGAUCCAGGGGGGGCCGGGAAGCUCGGAGGGAAACACUGUGCGGAGCCAGCCAGCUCUAUCUGGCAAGAUUUCGCUUCGGCGCAAAAGUGCUCGGGCGUCGUGAUCUUCUCUUGUUUGACAGAAGAGCG